AUGAGAAUCACCUUUGCUGCUUCGCUACUUGCGCUGGCUACCUCAGCCGCGGCGAUGCCCGCCAAGGACAUCCAAAAGAUGUCUCCUGCCGAGCGCAUGGCUUACAUCAAGGCUGAGAAGAUCAGAUUAGAUGAUGAACGUACUGCAGCUGGAGUUUUCGACCUGGAUCGUUAUGAAGCACAUGGCCCCGCCAAAUGCGAGGGUAGCAAGGCUGGCGAAUACAGUUGCAAGGCCAUGGAUAUGAUGGGCUUUAUCCGCCACCAGGACCUGGGUUCCAAGUCUCGUAAAGGAAAUGACGUUUGGGGAUGGACCUCCAAGGAUGGUCGUGAAUUUGGCGUCGUUUGCCAGACUGACGGAGCAGCUUUUAUUGAGGUGCUUAAAGAUGGUAGUAUGGUCUACCUCGGACGUAUUAACACGGCCAGCUCUAGUGCCUUGUGGCGCGAUGCCAAAGUUAUUGGUGACAUGGUGUACAUUGUUGCUGAUGUUUCCAAGCAUGGCAUGCAAGUCUUUGACAUGAAGAAACUACUUGAGGCAGACCCCAAGAGCCCUAAGGUCUAUGCCAAGGAGGAUCUUGUCACCCAUUUUACCGGAUUCGGUAAGGCACAUAAUAUUGUUGCCAAUGAAAAAACAAAUCUUGUCUUUAACGUCGGUGGUGACGGCAAAUGCAGUGGUAAGCUCUGGGCCUUUGAUGUCAAGGACCCCGCGAACCCCAAGGACCUUGGCUGCAGCGCUGGAGGCAGCUAUGUCCAUGAUGCGCAGUGCGUCAACUACGACGGACCGGACUCUAAAUACAAGGGCAAGGAAGUCUGCUUCGACUUCAAUGUCAAUGUUCUCGUCACUGUUGACAACUCGGAUCCUGCAAAGGCUACCCAAAUCGGUUCUGCAAAGUACAAAGGUUCGGCAUACACGCACCAGGGCUGGGUGACAAAGGGAAUGACGCAUCUGCUUCUUGGCGACGAGCAAGAUGAAGGCAGCAAUGGCGGCAACACAAGAACCUUCAUUUUUGACAUUAAAGACCUUGCCAACCCCAAGCACACUGGUACCUACGUUUCUAAGAGCAAGGCUAUUGAUCACAACCUUUACAUUAUCGACAAUAUUGCCUACCAGUCCAAUUAUGCCACCGGACUCCGAGUUCUGGAUGUUGAUUCCGUUGAUAAGGACAACACUGGUGGCGGUUUCCAAGAGAUUGCGUACUUUGACGUUUACCCUGAGGAUGACAACAAGAACCCCUCCAUCAGCUACGUUGGAAGCUGGUCAAACUAUCCUUACUUUAAGAGUGGCUACAUUCUGGUCAACUCUAUGGAACGGGGUAUCUUUUCUGUCAAGAUGCACAAAUCUGCACUUGCCCAUCGCAACGGCACAAACUUCGAGUAG